UUGCGACCAGCGCCCCAGCAUGAAGAAGAAGGUCCUCUUGAUGGGCAAGUCCGGCUCGGGCAAGACCUCGAUGCGCUCGAUCAUCUUUGCCAACUACCUCGCCCGUGACACGAUGCGCCUUGGCCCGACCCUCGACGUCGAGCACUCGCAUGUCCGCUUCCUCGGCAACCUCGUGCUCAACCUCUGGGACUGCGGCGGCCAAGACGCGUUCUACGAGAACUACUUUGAGAGCCAGCGCGAUCAUAUCUUCCGCAGCGUCGAGCUGCUGAUUUACGUCUUUGACAUCGAGUCGCGCGAAUUGGAGAAGGACAUGAACCACUUCGACGGCUGCCUCGAGGCCAUCGAGCAAAACUCCGAGUCGGCCAAGGUGUUUGUGCUCAUCCACAAGAUGGACCUCGUGCCCGAGGCGCAGCGCGACGCGGUCUUUGAGCAGCGCAAGGAGAUGAUCUUGUCGCGGACGGGCCAAAUCCCGACCGUCUGCUUUGGCACGUCGAUCUGGGACGAGACGCUCUACCGCGCGUGGUCGUCGAUCGUGUACUCGCUCAUCCCCAACAUGCAGGACCUCGAGCACCACCUGAAUGUGUUUUGCUCCAUCUGCAACGCCGACGAGGUCGUGCUCUUUGAGCGCGCAACGUUCCUUGUGAUUGCAAACGCGACGCACACGACGCACCGGGACAUGCACCGCUUCGAGAAGAUUUCCAACAUCAUCAAGCAGUUCAAGCUGAGCUGCUCCAAGACGCAGGCGCAGUUUCAGGGCAUGGAAGUCCGCAACUCGAACUUCACCGCGUACAUGGAUUUCUUCACGACCAACACGUACAUCAUGGUCAUCAUGAGCGACGGGUCGAUCCAGGCCGCGACGACGCAGCUCAACAUCAAGGCCGCGCGCCCCGUCUUUGAGCGCUACGUCCAGCAAGCCAACUAGGCAGAGCGAUACGCUAAUACACAUCGUGUGGUUUCGUUGCGC